AGACAACCCAGUCAACAUAUUUUGACGUUAAUCAUAUGACAUCAAUAAAUCUGGGAAACGAUAAAAAUGGGUGAACAAUCCGUACCUCCCAAGGAAAAUAACAACCAAAAUGGAAAAUCGGACGAGGAAAUGCAAGUGGAAUCGGAGAACGAGGAAGAGUUAGAAGACAUCUCCCCCGACGAGUUUGAAAGGUUGGACAGCACGAUGGAUGAGUUGAAUUCGGCUCUUGAUGCCAUAGAGCAGAAAAACGACAACAUCCACGCCCAGUUAUUGCAGUUGUUACAUGCCAAUCGAGAGGUUCGUCAACAACUUGGUACCGAAGCUCAGAACCAAGCCUCUCAGGAGAGUAAAUGAGUAUUAUGCAUUCCGUGCUGUAAAUAGAGAAAGAAAACCCGGUACGAUAGAUGUCCACCCCAAUAUAGAUGCCAUAGUUUUAAAUUAUGAAGUCGAUGUUCAUAUUUUCGAUAAUAAAGAUAAGAGCAUAUAUGGAGAAAAAUCGAGCCUUAAGAAAACAAUAGAAUUGCCUAUGCUAAACAGUAGGACUGAUUGCCAUGCCUUAGCCAAAGAAGUAGUGAACCAAUGUGAUCUGAUACACCAUUCCCGUUUGGCAGAAGUCGAACAGAUUAUUUAUUACUUGAAAAAACGGAAGCUUCAUGGGGGACCCAAAGGAGAAUUAGAUAAGGUCGAAAAAAUCCAAUUUAACCCCAGCGAAGCGAAUUACAACAAUUUAUCCAGCUACAUAGACUUGCUGUAUGAGGGUAUGAACGAAAAAAUUAAAGGGGCCCAUUUGAUUCAGUUUUUGGCCAGGGACCCGGAAAAUUUGGAGGCCCUAUCCAAAUAUGAAACCUUGAUAAGUGCAUUGGGAAGAACCUUGAGAGAGGAUUGGAAAAGGAGUAUUUCCCUGAGUACUCAUUUGGUUUUCACGUUUUUCUGUUUUUCAAUGUACUCCAGGUUUCAUUCGGUCAUUCUCAAAUGUAAGGUCGGUUCGAUCUGCAUGGACAUAAUCGACUUCGAGCUGCGGCGCUACGACCGCUGGAAAGCGGAAGUGGACGGCUCGAAGCUGCCGAACGACGCGCCGAUCGUGCAGCGACCGUGCCCGAGCAGCGCGAGCAUGUCCGAGAUCCCGCGCAGCCGCAUACCGGAGAAGGUGCGCCCGAAGUCGGGCAACUACUCCGACACGAACAUGAAGGCCGUGAUGGAGGGAAGCAUCUACGACGACCUGACCAACUCCACCGACAGCCUGGACGACAAGAAGCUCACGGAGGAGCAGAGGGUCAAGCGGUUCAGGACCUUGGUCAAGAAGCAAGAGCAUCUGUUGAGGGUAGCAUAUUACCUACUUCUAAACAUCGCGGAAGACGAAUCGGUGGAGGAAAAGAUGACGAAACGUAACAUAGUCGGUUUGCUAGUCAAAGCCUUGGAAAGAGACAACGAGGAUCUCCUGAUUCUGGUCGUGACGUUCUUGAAAAAACUCUCAAUCAUGCAGUGCAACAAGGACGCGAUGGCGGCGCUGAACGUCGUCGAAAAGUUGCCGAAAAACCUGGACUCCGCCAACCCCGAUUUGGUGCACUUGACCCUAAAGCUGCUCUUCAACUUGUCGUUCGACCAGAAGAUGCGCAUUAAGAUCGUUAAGGUGGGCUUGUUGCCCAAAAUAACAAGUUUGAUUAGCGACGAUAAACAUCAGGAAGCAGUCUUAAAGCUCCUCUAUCAUCUGAGCUAUGAUGAUGAAAUAAAAUCCUACUUUGCCGACUCGGUAGGCCUGAUAACCGACAUGCUCCUGCUGAACGCCGGCAACGACGGCGACAAGGUGAUGGUCGCGCUGGGCAUCAACCUGUCGAUAAACCCUUCGAACGCGCAGCAGAUGAUAAAAAGGUCGCGGCUGCAGUCGCUGAUGAUGCGCGCGUUCACCUACCAGGACCCGAUGCUGAUGAAGAUGCUGCACAACGUGUCGGAGCACCCGAGCUGCUCGGCCUCGUUCGUCGAGUUCGUCGGCGACGUGGCCAAGGCGACGGUCGACUCGCCCGAGGAGAACUUCGUCAGAGAGUGCAUCGGCAUCCUGAGCAACCUGCACCUGCCCGAUCUCGACUGGGCGGAGAUCUUUCGGCACUUCGAGAUGGUCAAGUGGAUCAAGAACGUCAUCGGGAGCAACAGCACCGAUCCCGAGCUGGUUCUUCAGGUUGUGGUACUGCUGGGCACAGCGGCGUCCGACGAGGGCUGCGCCAAACUUCUAUGUCAAACCGACAUAAUGGCGGCCCUCAUAGAGCUCCUGAAAACGCACCAAGAAGACGACGAAAUCGUUUUGCAGAUCGUUUACGUUUUCUACGUCAGCUUGUCUCACGACGACAACAUCGACUACUUGAUCGAGCAGACCGAGGCCCCGGCGUACCUCAUCGACCUGCUGCAGGACAACAACAAGUCGAUCAGGAAGAUUUGCAACACCUGCCUGAACAUCAUCUCGAAUCACAGCAAGUCCUGGGCGGACAGGAUAAAAAUCGAGAAGUUCAGGCAUCACAACGCGCAGUGGUUGACGAUGGUGGAUUCCCAGCAGCUGGACCCCGAGGAAGAAGAAGAAGAGGACGAGUUGCCGCCCUAUUUGAACACCGAGUACCUGAGUACCGCAGUGGUGCCACCUUUGAACGAUGCCUUAACAAAUGGCCACCUGGACUCUGAAAUAAUUGCCGAUGAAGACUUGAACUACGAUUAUUUCAACAAUAAAGUGGACAGUAUGGAAGAUCUAAUACAAGAUUUUGAAAUUGAGGCCAUGUAAUAAGGAUCCGCAGAUCUCAUUGCACAAAUUUAAUAUAACUAAUAAAUUACACAGGCCACAACUUUUCUAGGUUAAUUUUGGUGAGCUAGCGCACCAAAAUAACCCUAGAAAUUGUUGACCAGUGUUUUAAGGCUUUAUUUAAUUAAAACCAAAGUAUUUUGCAGCAUGUUCUAGUCAAAGAAUACAUACCAUGUAGUGAUUAAAAAAUAAGUUACUCUCUAUAAUAUGCUCUCGUUUGAGUUUUUCUGUAUUAUCAUCGUUAUUUUUUCAUAUUUUAUUUAUAACUUAUUGUUGAUUAAAGCCAGUGAUUUGUUUAUACUUAAUUUUACAAUUUUUUUUGUAUGUAUUUUUUAUUUUGUUUUUAUUUAAUAAAG